AUGCUAAAGAUUUCAAAAGAAAAAGAAACUUAUCUAGAAAAGCUUAAAGAAAAUACAACAACACUAGAAGAGACAAUGAAGAACACAGAAAAUGUACAAACUCUGAGCAGCGAGCUGGAAAAAACCAUCAUAAAUAGUCUAGAACAGGAUAAAGCAUCUAAAACCAGUAACGAAAAGCCUAAAAUCAUUACCAAACAAACACAAGAACUGAUUUCUAAACGUACGGAACUCCUAUCUAAAAGAAAAAAAUCUAAAGAAAUGAGACACGAAUUAAAAGAACUAUAUAAGAAAACAAACAGAGCAAUCAGACAAGACUACGAAAGACAUAGAAGAAUAAUCAUAGAGAGAAAUAUGGUAACAUAUAAAAGUUCAAAGAGAGCCCUUAAAGAGCUGGCAACGCAACGCACAAAACUUGGAUACAAGGUCUACAAGAUGGAAAAGAGGAAACAAGAAACAGAGAAGACAUAG